AUGGGUCUUUUUAUUCCAAAAUUAAUUAUAAAACGGGAAAAAAAAUGUGGCGCAUUUGAUCAGCAGCGUUAUCGGGAUGAUUCGCGAUCAACUUCGAGAUCAACUGCUGAAUCCGUCAAAUACGAUUUCUAUACAUACGGUUCAUAUAAGGAAAUGAUUUUAUGGUUACGAGCAUUAGCCGGGAAAUAUCCGAAUUUUGUACGAUACAUAUCGAUCGGAAAAUCUCAUGAAAGACGUAGCAUUGAUGGCUUAGAGAUUGGUGGAAAUAAUCAAUCCAAACGAGUAUUCUGGAUUGAUGGAGGUAUUCAUGCACGUGAAUGGGCUGCACCACAUACAGCCUUAUAUUUCAUUCAUCAGUUAACAUCAAAAUAUGGAUAUAAUAAACAAAUUACGAAAUAUGUUGAUGAAUUGACCUGGGUCAUAGUACCAUGCCUAAAUCCGGAUGGAUAUGAAUUUACACGAUCCUCAACUGAUCCAAAUAUUCGAUUAUGGCGUAAAAAUCGUUCGUCAGUUCUGUGUGCGAAGGAUCCGUGGGGACGUAAUCGUUGUUGUCGUGGUGUCGAUUUAAAUCGAAAUUUCGACUUUCAUUUCAAAGAAAGCGGUUCAAGCGAUGAUCCAUGCGCCGAAAUUUAUCAAGGCAAGGAACCUUUCAGUGAACCAGAAGCAAGGGCAGUACGUGAUGCUGUAACGUCAAAUCGUUACCGUGGUCGUAUUGAUGCUUUUAUAACGUUGCAUACUUAUUCACAACUUUGGAUUCAUCCAUAUGGUCAUCGUAAGGAUACGUAUCCUGGUGAUAUACAGGAUUUGUAUGAAGUUGGCAAGAAUGCAACAAAUGCGCUUAGUAAACUUUAUGGUACAAAAUAUGUUGUUGGUAGUGGUGCUGAUACAUUAUAUCCGGCAUCUGGUGGUUCCGAAGAUUGGGCGAAACAAACAGCAGGCAUAAAAUAUGUAUACUUGUUGGAAUUACGACCCGAUGAAAAAAAUUGGGAUGGAUUUAUUCUGGAUGAACGACAACUGAUACCAACAGCAACUGAAACUUGGGCUGGUAUACGGGUAGUUGCUGAUGCGGUAAUCGAACGAGCAUAUCGAAAAAAUGCCAGAAUUAAUGGUACUAUAAGGCAGCAAUAUCGCUUUGGAAAUGGCAGUACUGGCUCAUGUUAUGAUUUACGUCAUGCAUGUAAACGAUGGGUCCGAGAAAAAGAAUCAAUCUGUCAAACGGUACCAAUUUUCAUGCGAGAGCAAUGCGCCUAUUCAUGUGGUCACUGCUGAUAAACAACUAAAUUGGGUUAAUGAGCUCUUCCCAG